AAAAAUCAUUUCUUCUCUCCAUCAUUCCUUACUCUCCUCCCCGGUCGCUCUACUUGCUCUCUAACCGCUUCUGCAUUCUUUCAAAACUCCUCUCUUCAUCCAUCCUCCUUCCUCAUCACUCACUUCUUCUCUCUAUCUCACCAGCAAAAACACAUACACACAUACACCCUCAUACUCUCUCUCCCUCUCUCUCUCACACACACACAUAUACAUACAGAAACACACAUAUAAACACACUCACUUAAUCAUACCCUGUUCAAUCUCUCCGUCUCUUUGCUUUCUCUCCAAUAUUUUCCCUUUCGGAACACCCAUAAGCACAACACACACCAACUACAGCUAUCCCACAAGCUUUUACUCAUUGGCUAUUAGCAUACAACUUUUAUUGCACACACACACACUCACAUACAAAUACACACACACAAAUUUAUAAUAUAUGAUAUAACAUAGUAUCUAUCUAUCUAUCUAUCUAUCUAAAUAUCUAUCUAAAUAUCUAUCUAUCUAUCUAUCUAUCUAUCUAUCUAUCAAAAUAUCUAUUCAUCUAUCUAUCUAUCUAUCUAUCUAUCUAUCUAUCUAUCUAUCUAUCUAUCUAUCUAUCUAUCUAUCUAUCUUCUGUAGUCCGAAGCAAGGCCCAUUUGUUCCUAACACAUCCGUAUAUAACCGAACCGACACAUCACAUUGUUCCGAUAUUUAUCUGCCACGCCUCAUCUUUACACUUUUCUCAUCCGCCGCCUCUUCCCCUUUCUUCAAUUUUUUUCUUCUCCUCCUUGCUUUUUUUCCCCCCUCUCCGCUUCACUUUACAUCCUCUAUCCAUCUUUCGUCAACGUAACGUCGUCUUCUCUAAAAACAAAACACAAAGCACCGUACGUACACCACACACAACCGAUCAUAUAUAUAUAUAUAUAUAUAUAUAUAUAUAUAUUUGCGUACAUACAUGUAAAGUGUGUUGAGCAAGCAGGUAUGGUAGCCAUGUGUAUCUAGAGCGAACUGGUGUUGCGUAGCGUUUCGUUGCGUUAUUUUAAAUGGCAUGGUGAACGAAAUGCCGCGAUGUUUUCUUGCCGUCGACUGGACAUCAACUGGAAUUGUUACAUAAGAGAGUUCGACCCUCUUCCUGUCUUUGCGUAGAAUGUUCGACACCAAGGCGAUUCGUCCAACUCCGGUAUUUUUGCAAGUCCGUUUUGAACUAUUAAUGACCAGGAUAACAGACUUUUUGCUGCCUUCGUCCGCUGUUGCCGUGGAAACCAUUUCGUGCGUUGAGCAUGUCCCAGCAGAGGGAGUCUUCGUCGUUUCAAGUGCCACGUCUACAGGUUCUCGGCACUGUCAGCCAUUUGUCCAGCAACUCCAUUGACGAUUCGCCCGACUGGUCCUACGUUGUUGCAUCCACGAAAAUGAUGGACAUCGAGGCCGCUUUCAAACCCCAACAACAACAAGAACAACAACAAGAACAAGAACAGCAGCAAGAAAAAGUUCCAAGUCAAAGCAGUUCAACUACAAAAAGGUUUCCAAUAGAUUUCAGUGAAGAAGAGGAACCUUCACGCUCGUUGCCCCCACCACAGCAACCGCCACCGCCGCUACCACUACAACAACAACAACAACCACCACCGCCAAUACCACCUCCACCACCACCGCAACUACCACCCCCGCCACCCCCACUACCACAGCAACAACAACAACAACAACCACCACCACCACCACCGCCACCGCCACCGCCACAACAACCACCACCUCAACUACCACCGCCACCGUUACUGCCACCACCACCGCCGCCUGUACCUCAACAGCCACCGUCACAGCUCACACCAGAACAACCCCCACCGCAAAUACCACCACCACCUCCUCCUUUACCACCACGUCUACCACCACCACAACCACCAUUAUCACAAGAACAACAACAACAACAACAGCAACAGCAACAACAACAACAACAACAACAACAACAGCAACAGCAAAACAUACUGUCGGGAUUCCAGUCGACGACGGCUCCCGUUGAAAAUGAUCCUUUCGGAAGUGUCCCGUUCGGAAGUAUAGCCCCGUCCAGGACUUUAGUCCCGGCCGUCGUAUGCACCAGUAGCGGGGAGACGAUGCAAAUCUUGCCCCCUCCAGUUGUGCCGUCCCGAGUACUUCAGCAGGCCGAUCCGUCCGGUUUCGAUAAUGAUUCACCGUUCGGCUGCUCGCUAGAUGCGAACUUUGCCAAUAUGUGCCUCGACCUGCCAUCCUUGUCAGUGUCAACCGAACCGGCAUUUGAGACAUCUUUCAUUCCCAUCGGAACAACAGCAGCAACUACAACAACAACAACCUCUGUGUCUGCAGCAGCGUCCGGUUAUUAUGUCCCGGCGUUGCCGCCACCCCCGCCUAAUGGUCAGCAACAAACACAGCAAAAACAACAGCACCAACUACUUUCACCUUCAAACCACUUGACAAUCAACCCAUCCACGACGUUUUCGUUCAUCACUUCCCCACCCCCUACCUCGUCCUUUUCCUCACCGGCCAUCAAUACUGUUGCCUCUGAUGAAUUCGCGAAUUCGGACGUUUACCAAUGGGCCGCAAAUAGCAAAACUCUUUCCAAUACCCUAUCACCGUCAUCAACGCCCGCAGGAUUGAAUAUGCUUUAUUCGGCCCCACCGAAACCCCGAUCAGCGUCAGUGCGCCGAUACAAGAACAGAGUUGAUCAAGAUUUACAAGACGAAAUGCGUCCGCGGACAAGUUCCAUGCCCACAAAGAACACUUGGCGAAAACCACAACUCCUCGGACCGCCACCUUGGUCAGGGGAAUAUACAGACGAUCUUUUCGUGCGGGAUUCAGAUGACAUACCUUACUCGAAUGAAACCGACAAUUGCGGCCAGUGCUCACCGACAGCCGCUUAUCGGAUGCGAUCUUUCACGACAACAUCCAAGGGAUUAGUGAAUCGUGGCGAUUCUUUGGUGACCAAUUACAGCUGGAUAUCUCCAAAUAACAGUGUUAGCGACUACCCUUCCGGCUCUAAUAGUACUUCUUCAUUGACAUCAGCACAAGCUUAUAAGGUGCUGGUCCUAGGAGCACCUAGCGUCGGCAAGGCGGCCAUUAUUCAGCAAAUGAUGACCUCAGAGUACAUGGGAUGGAAAAGUACAGAAUCAUAUGAAGGAGAUGUGGGGAGUAAAUAUGUCUCUGUACUUCUCGAUAAGGAGGAAACCAUGUUGGACAUCACAAAAAUUCAAGGAACAGAAUCUUUACCAAGUGGUGUAGAUUAUGAUGCCUACGUCUUAGUUUUCGGCAUUGACGACAAACAGAGUUUCAACGACGCCGUUGAUUUUCUAUAUCGUUUCCGGAAAGAGGAUGUACACAACUGCCUAGUGGUUCUGGUAGCCAAUAAAGUCGACUUGGUGAGAAACCGCGUCAUUACCACUGAAGAAGCCAAAGGAAUUGCAUCCGCCUACGACUGCAAAUAUAUAGAAUCGUCUACCAUUUUGAAUCACCAUCUUGAUGAGUUACUCGUCUGUCUCGUCAGCGAAAUCAGAUCGCGUCAACGUAAAUCUCGUUCUUCUCACGAGAAGACCCCUCAAAAGAGUCGUUCGCCGGUUUCACCCAAACAUCUUUUCAACAAGUUGUUUCGGCGAGGAAGCAUUUCGAAAUCUUAUGAAAACCUUGCCGAAGACUGAAAUGAAUGAACUAAAGCACAAAUUUGUGUGUUAAAAAAAAGAAAAAAGUCUUACAUUGUGUUGCACUUGUUUGCAGUUUAUAUUUUCAUUUUAACUAUCUAUUUUCGUUCAUAUUUGAUAUGCUUAAACAUGAACUGUGAAUGAAACUGAACAGAUGUUUAUCUAAAGUUUCCUUUUUAUACCUUGGUGAUUAUUUAUAUUCAGUCACGAUUGCAUAUUCAUUUUAUAUUACUUUCUAUUUUUCUUCCAAUCUUUUUCAAUUCUUUAUAUAAGGAAUCAAGUUUUUUCUACUCCCUUACAACAAGGGUACUUUGCCGAUAAUUUUCGGCAGACGGAAAUAUUAUUUUGACACAAGAGUAAAUGUCAAAUUUUCUUUGGAAUACGAAUUAUAAAAAGCGAAGCCGACUAUAUAAGAUGACUUUCCUCCUAUUGCGAUAAUACGGGAUAUUGCAAAAAAAUUUUUUUUUAAAAGAAGCUUUAAAAAGAAUCUGUUCACAAUGAUCACUUUUAACUAAAUGGACUUAGAAAACGUGCGUGAACAUUUUCGCAUGUAAAUUAUCUGUGCGAAACAAUUCCUUUUCAAUAU